AUGGCGGACGACUGGGUGCUGAACUCGCUGGAAUCAGAAGCUCCCAGCCACCAAGACAGUCCCCAGCGACCGGCAACUCCUGUCCGUCGGAGAGAGUCUUCAAAGCUUGAUAGACGAAGGUUUUCUCGACGACUACCAGUAAAGAGCCCCGAACCAGGUCCUCCAAGCGAUCCAAUUCAAAGCGCAGGCAACGCUCGUCUUGUGCUUGCGAUAGACUAUGGCACAACUUUCACUGGUUUCGGGCACGCCACUACGUACUCCGACAGUGCCAAUCUCGCCGAUCUGUCGGUCCUGCAAGACUGGAGUCCGACCAUGAGCAAUCUUCAGAAGGUGCCGAGCGUGAUUUCGUUCGCGAGAGCGACGAAUGGAGAGGUGGACUGGGGAGCGGACAUUGGUGAUGAAGCUACGACAAUGGUGAACACGAAGCUUGAGCUUGAGCCUCAAGAAAGUCUGUUCGACGAGUUGGAGUUAACGUUGCAGGUCCUGAAAGGAACUGGCAGUCUCUCAUUCGAGCAUAUGCUCAACGCUGGGCCCAAUCCUGCAUACACGUGGAAACCACCUACCAAGAUUGUGGCCGAGUACCUGACCAAGAUCUUCGAGAGUGCACGCAGAGUAGUCGACAUCAACCAGCUCGCGGUUACGAAGACCCCGGUGGACAUUGUUGUGACUGUACCUGUGGACUGGUCGUAUGAGGCGAAGAACUCGGUUUUUAGUGCUAUAAGAGACGCAGGGUUCAACAGAGACAACUUCACCACCUUGAAAGACAUGAUUCUGGUUUCUGAGCCGGAAGCUGCGUCUCAUUUUACUGCUCGUGAUCUUCGUGGUCGCAGCGAGAAACUGAUGCAGGUCGGCGACAGUUUCAUUAUCUGUGACGCUGGUGGAGGUGGCAAGUUUGGCUCUGCCUGGAUCGAUACAGCGUUCAAGUCAUGGCUCCGGGACGAGAUCGGAUGGGACAAUUACGCCCAGCUCGAUCGAGUGAAUGCGUGGACACAACGAAUCAGUCCGCACACAGGAGAAAAUGGCCCCAUGAGGGAGCUCAUGAGAAGAUUCAGAGAGAAAAAGGUCGUGUUUCCUAAUCCUACCGAAGCAGACAUCAAGCUCGAUCUCCCAUCACCACUGAAUAGUUUGACGAUUGGGAAAAGAGUGGUAGGAGGCGAGCUGACGAUACGACGAAAGGAGAUGAAGGAACUCAUGAACUCCUGUGUCAACGGUGUGAUUGAAUUGAUCAAGGACCAGAUUUCGAAGGUCAACCCAAAUCAGGGAACCCGCGUCAAGAAUGUCAUCCUCGUCGGCGGCUUUGGUGCAUCUCCUUACCUCCAAGACGAAUUGCGAAAGAGCCUCGCACUGAGAGGAAUAGCCAUGCGUCGCCCGAGUGAGGAUAAAUCGAAGUCACGGCACAAGACUGUGAAGCACAUGUACGCCAUGAAAAGAAGCUAUGGAGUUCGAAUGGGCUCCAGGUUUGAAUGGCUGGUCAGAAAGGGUGAUCUUGUCGUCUCGGACGAGACCAGAAUCGUACACAGUCAAACUUUCUGGUACACGCUGAACGACAAAGUUGAUCAUGCGGACUUUAACAUCUAUUGGUACAAUCGAGACGAUGACAACCCUCCAGAUGUCUGGGAAGAAGGGUUCAGUGGUACGUACAUUUUGUGCAACGCGACAAGCAGCUUCACUGACCCUGCAUCAAAUUCAAGAGGUGAAAUCUGCUGGCGUUGCCAGGUUUGA